CCCCCCCCUCCCUCCAUCUAGUUGCGCCAAAAAUGACAUCACCAUGGAAGCAACACCUCCUGGAAUAGUGCGAAUAAGAAAAUCUUUUAUCUUAAAGCUUCUGUUUUAUAUAUUUAUAGAUUAACACUCCUUUGUAUUGUCUAUUUAGUUUACGCAGUAAUCAGAUUUUUUGCGUAUUUUUAUCUUUCUUUAGUAUUCAAACUUCUGCGUAUGUAAUUUAUUUUUUAUUCGAGGGGAUUUUGUUGAAUGUCGGUAACGAUUUUUGAAAUGUCGAAUUUUAAAUAUUAGGACGGCGUAUAUUUCUAUUUCAUAUUAAGUAGACAUUAUUCAUCCCUGAAGGAUUUUAAACAAACAGAAAAUUUGAUAAGACAAUAAAGUAUUGUUAACACACUUGUGCAAGGCAGUGUUUCCUUGAUGUUCUGUUCAAAUAGAUCGGAAUUAUUUAUUUAUAUUUUACCGUGAAUAGCGUGAAUUAUUUUAUAAGCUGAAGGGAGCAUUUAAUGUUUUUUUAAGCUGGUUUGGAACAUUCAUGAUAAGAUGGGAGUUCAAAAUUGAAAAAUCAUCAAAUUUUUGGGGUAAAUCUUCCAAUUUGCCAUUUUUAACCUUCUUCAAUAAAAUCUAACUACCGAAAAGAAAAUCCUUAUAAUGAAAAAUUUUGUUCAGCCAUAAACAUUAAACCUCUCCUUGAAUCAUGCCUGUUGACACAAACAAAAUGGACCCGAUCGGUUCAUCGGUGUUGCGUUUAUGGGAUGGAUACAGACAAGAUGACUUCAAAACUUUUAUUAAGAUCAAAUUAGUUCUUGUGAAGACAUUUUGGGAACUCUGUUUUACAGCGCUGGCAGCUUUUUUAAUAAACUAAAUUUGAAAUUAGAAUUAAAAAUGUAAAUUAGUUAUAUUAUAUAUUAUUUGGUAGCUUUACAACGGUUGCGUUUCAUGUUUUCUUUUUGAGCUUCAAACUAAAUUAAUGUAAAAUUUUCCAACAGCAGGUUUUUAGGAGUUUCAGCUUUCAUAAAAUUUAAAGAAAUUAACGAGGUGUAUAAUAUUGCAUGUUAGGGAAGAAAACAUAUUUUAUCGCCCUGAAUUAAUUCAUUAUUUAUAAUUGUUGUAUUAAGAAUAAGAUCAAUGUUAUUAUAAUGUAUUUAGAUUGUCUUGUAAAAUCCAAGAAAAUUAAAAUUCAGGAAAUUUUUAUCAGUGUUCCUUAAUUUUCUUUUUCUUUUAAAGAAUAGAAAAAACUAAAAUUGUAGUAGUAGUGUAAAAAUCAUUUAAAUUCGUAAUUUCAUACCAAUGCUGAAAUUGUAAAAAGUCCCAAGAGCAAAAUAUUAUUUUAUGUUGCUCAUAAUUUAGAGCAGCUCUUAAAGACCGCUUCCAAAAUUCUAAGUUGCUCUGUAAGAUUGUAUCUUUAGAUAAUUUUAUCUCAGUAAAAUUCAUAAACCUUGGAAUUGAGAUGUUAAUUACUCUCCAAUCUAAAGGUCUAAUACACUUUGUUCUUGGGUCUUUUCCUGUAUUAUUAAAUCCUUAAAAUAGCCAUAACAGUGAUAAAACGCCAUUUUAUCGAGUUUAACUAAUAAUACUCUAUUUUUACAGAUUAAAUGAUGUAAAAAAGAAGAAAUCUUCAGUCCGUGGAAUUUUAACAGGAGGAUGGGUCGACUCACCACGGAUGAGACGGAUCUGGAAACAGUGAAGAGUGUUCUAACAGAUCCUAAACAUAAUGUAGUUCUCGUGGUCAGGCUGGAGUCAUGCAAUGACUUGAAAAAAAGGCACAUGGUGAUUGUAAGUGCUCCCAGUUCAUCACAAUCCAAGCAACUCACUGAAACAUAUUCGGUUCCUGUCAAAACUAGCUCCCAAUCUCCUUCUAAAGGGCAGGACUUAGAAUAUUGCCUCAUAGGAGUAGACAGUAUUUAUACAAGAAAUGAUGAAGAUGGAGAGGAAUUGGUUUCCGUUAAUAUUGGAUUUGUUCUCAAGAUGCUCUGGGGAACCAAGAUCUCUUUAGAUGGAGAUGGAGGAUUCAGUGUGAGACAACUUGGGAAGCAUUUUAUUUUUAAACCAAGAUCAGUUCAAGCUCUGUGGACAGUCAUUCAAACGUUACAUCUUAUAUCAGGAAAACUUAAGCCGAAGAGGAACUCCUUGUGUGUGGUGGAUACAGGCUGGGUGGCUGGAUAUCAGAAAAAUAUCAAAUCCUCUCAGUCCUGCAUCAAUGAAUGGAAUAUUAUGCCCGACCUUCUGGUGCGGCGAGCUCCUUCUCCAGACCAAUUGUCCAGAUUGACGAGCAAUGAAAUUGAUCAAGAAACUAAAAAGACACUGAUCAAAUCAACUUUAAGAGAAAUCAUGAAGACCGUAAAUCUGGACGAAAUUACGUCUAAAUGUAUCCGGAUACGUUUAGAGGAGGAACUAAAUCAAAAACUGGAUUCACUAAAAGCUUUUAUCGACGAAGAAAUUCUUCUAAUUCUAGGUCAAAUGGACCCGGCGUCUAAAGUUUUUGAUUUCUUGUAUCUUGGAUCUGAAUGGAACGCAUCAAAUCUAGAGGAGCUGAAUUCUAACGGAGUGACCCAUAUUCUCAAUGUAACACGGGAAAUUGACAACUUUUUUCCCUCCGUAUUUCAGUAUAUGAAUAUCCGAGAGUAUGAUGUAGAGGAGACAAAUCUACUCAAAUACUGGGAUAAAACCUUCUUCUUUAUAAAGGACUGUAUGUUGCAAGGAGGGAAGGUGUUAGUCCACUGUAAGAUGGGUAUAAGUAGAUCUGCCAGUACUGUUGCUGCCUUCGCCAUGAAGUAUUUUGAUUGGACUAUGGUUGAGACUCUGGAGCACCUAGUGCGAGUACGGAGCAUUGUUGAUCCUAAUAAAGGGUUUAGACAACAGCUUCAAGUUUAUGAAGGUAUCCUGGAGGCAUCUAAGAAGAGAAUUACAUUCAGAAAGCAGCGGUCCAAGUCUGAAAGCCACGUGCCCGGGGAGGGGCGUGACCAGACCCGGGAGAGGAGGCGUGUCCUGGUAAAAAAGAAAAUCAGUUUGCAACCUCUACAGACAUUUAUUUUACGAGUUCCAUCAGAAAAUAGUUUAGACAAUACCUGUGAUAAAGAAGAUUUAAUAAACCAAGAGACCAAGGAUCGGCCUAAAUCCUGGAGUCCCUCAGGGUCCUUUCUUUCCUCCUCAGAUGAUUCAUCAGAGCUAAGUUCUAGUGGAGCAACGGUAGUUGAGAAGUCACCUAUUAUCUGUCACUGCUAUACACAGCUCUCACAACAUUUCAAGGAGAACAAUGCUUUUCCAUCAUAUAUCAGAGGAUACUCCCGUGCCCUCUCAAUUACCCAACUAGAGGCGGAGAAAGAGAUGAACCAGGACACCGCCUUGGUAGAAGCUACUAAUCUUCAGGUUGAACUGUCUGAGUUCGAGUCUAGCUCCUGUCCUGCUCGGUCACACAUCAACCAGUGUACCUGCCACGUAGAACUAGAAUUAAAAGUGUCGGAGAAACCCGUGGAUAUGGAUGAAUGUAUAAGAAAUGAGGAAACUGAUUUAAUUCUUAAAAAUCUUGGAAACUUCCCAAUUCAUAUUCGUCAAACACAGCAUUGGAACAACAUUGUUUUCAGAGACGGGAAAAGUGUUUACAGUUCUGACGGAGUGUAUGAGACUGAAAAUGAAAUAUUUAAAGAAAACACGAAUAUUGGUUUGGAUACAUCAGGAGCUGAGGAAUUGUCUGUGAAAACUCUGGCUGACAUGUUUGAUUUCAAGCUGGGAGAAGAACCCGCUAAACCUCCACUAACCUCCAGGCACAAUAAACUUGUUGAGUCUAAAAUAGAGAAGAUUGCUAAGAAAUUAACAGUAUCAGACCACUCAGAAUGUUGACAGCAGACAGCUGGGGGAACUUUCAACCCAGCUGUUAAACCAUCCACAGCUGUCAUGUCGUCCACAGCUGUCAGAUCAUCCACCCCAGCUGUCCUUCCAACAGUAGCUUGGAGUAGAGCAUUCAGCAAAAACAUAAAGAAACCCUUAUCAACUUUGAAAGUUAUUAAGACCACAAAUAAGCCAGGAUCAAGAUCAAAAUGAUAACUUGAAUUUCCUAAAAUUAUGUACUGCUUGUUCGUACAGGUUGUACAAUGUACAGCGACAAAUGAAAGGAACCUAUCAAGAAUACUAAAAUGAAUUUAAGAGUUUAACCAAAGGACAUACAUUAUCGAGCCAUGAUUUUUAAUAUUGCAGAAUCUUACACGUUUUGUGAAAAAUGUAUGUUACUUCGAUAAAUCUAUUUACACAUGCUUUGUCGACGAGUUAUUUUACUUUUUCUUGUGUUCUCUCGACCCAUUUCUUCUGCAAAACAUCAAUUGCUUCAAGUUUGGUUAAAGGUACUGUCUUUGUCCCUCAAUAAAAAAAUAAGAAAAGUACCCUGUCCGAUUAACAACGGAACCUUAAAUCAGAUGAAUGAUGUGAAAUGUAUUCAUGGGUGCAAAAGUAUUUAAUUAUAAUAUUUUCCCCAUUUUGUCGCGGUAGAAAUGCGCAGAUCACUUUUGUAGAGAAACUUCAAAUGAAAAUGGUCAGUUUUUAAAAGAGAAACACAAAUAUCUAAUUCAUACUUGAUUAAAGGAUUUAAGGGUACCGUUGUGAGUCGAGACAUUCCAGUUAAUUAAUAAAAGGUGACGUGAAUUUUCGUCUACAGUAAUUGUAAAUAAUUUCACUAACAAAUUGGUAACUUAAAAAAAA